AUGAAAGCCAUAUUCGUCCUUACGCUGUGCCUGCUGUUGCACGGCAGUAUGUGCAGCGAGCGAUGUCAGCACCAACACAAAGGCGGUAACGAGCGCUUUCCUAAAGACUUCGCCUUUGGCGUUUCGACUGCCGCUUACCAAAUAGAAGGCGCGUGGAAUGAAGACGGCAAAGGACUCUCCAUUUGGGAUACAUACACGCAUGCGCAUCCGGAGCGUAUACGGGAUCGCACCAAUGGUGAUGUGGCGGCGGAAUCUUACUAUCGUUUUGAGCAAGAUUUAGCGGCGCUGAAAAAACUCAAUGUCAACUUCUAUCGCUUUUCGUUCUCAUGGCCCCGCUUAUUGCCCAACGCAGAUACUACGGUGAUAAAUCAAAAGGGCAUUGACUACUACAACAUGAUGAUAAACAAGCUGUUGGCGAAUAACAUUGAACCCAUGGUGACGAUGUUUCAUUGUGACCUCCCGGAGGCGCUCAACCAGUUCGGCGGCUUCACGAACGCUAUUAUUAUAAAGUACUUCCGUUAUUACGCUGAGUUCCUAUUCGAAACUUUUGGUGAUCGCGUCAAGAAGUGGAUCACUUUCAAUGAACCCUUCGAUUACUGCGUUUUGGGCUAUGGCAAAUCGUACUUUCCGCCACUGGUGCAUUCCCCCGGUGUUGCCGACUACCUCUGCAUGGAUAAUACAUUGCGCGCUCAUGCCGCUGCUUACCGCGCCUACAGAGCGAACUAUUUCCAGAGGCAAGGCGGUAAAAUAGGCAUCACCAUAAGCAGUCGUUUCUACUACGCGCAGCAUAAGAGUGGCGAUGAAGACGUCGUUGACCGCGCCAUGCAGUACUCGCUUGGUUGGCUGGCCAAUCCCAUUUUCGGCAAGACUGGCAAUUAUCCUCAACUCAUAUUGGACGAUAUUAGAAACAAUAGCUUAAGCGAAGGUCUAUCCUGGUCGCGCUUGCCGCCGUUUAAUGAAUUCUGGUCUAAGGUCAUUAGAGGUGCUGGCGACUUUCUGGGACUCAAUUAUUACACUUCACGUUAUGCUACACUCACUAAGACUCCCGCGGGCGAGAUACCUUCUUGGGAAUAUGACUCGCAACUUCAAUAUUCUGUUGAUGAUAAGUGGAAGCAAGGCAACUCUAAUUGGUUAUAUUGCGUGCCACAAGGACUCGAAGACAUUCUAAAGUGGAUCCGCGACCACUAUGAUAACGUCGAGGUCUUCAUAACGGAGAAUGGUUGGUCAGACUAUGGUCAGUUGGAGGACACAGAACGCGUCGAUUUCCUGCAGGCUCACUUGCAAGCGGUGCUAAAUGCUGUCAAUGAUGGCUGCAAGGUCACACAUUACUCACACUGGAGUUUAAUCGAUAAUUUCGAGUGGAACAUGGGCUAUACUCAGAAGUAUGGUCUCUAUUAUUUGAAUAUGACGAGCCCAAAUAAGGAUCGCAUAGCUAAGAAGUCUGCAUCAUAUUACAGAAGCGUGAUCGAUGGUAGAAAAAUAUUACAUAGUCUAAAUUAA